AAAAUAAGGCUCUUUCUGGUGCUACCGGUUGCUCUAUUGGAUGCCUCUCUUUUAUUCUUUGGAUCUUUUCAGCAUUGUCUAAAACUUUGGAGAAGCUUCAGGUAACCUCACUUUAUCUUGUUACAUCUUUCUGUUUGGCUCGAUCUACAUUCACAUAUCUAAUAUAUAGUAGGAAACUAGGAAUUGACAUAUUUUAUCUUUGAUGUCUGCAUCAGAGGCACUAUUAUUCAGUACAUUACAAAAUUGUAUCCAUAUACUGCAUUUUUGCUGCCUCCUCUGGAAAAAACUGUGAUGUCUUUUAGAGGUUACCCUCUAUUUCAAUGAGAACUUGAUAAUGUUAACUGGGGAAGAUAGAUGUAUAUUGUGUCUAUUUCAUCGAUAGAAUGAUUCAUUAGCUCUUGAAUGUGAGGCGUUUUUUUAGUUCGAUGGAACCAAGUGAAUAUGACAUUAGUCAACUGAGUUAACAGAUUCGAAGAAGCAUGGCCAAACUUGAGCUCUACCGGAAGUUUACCGAUUCCCUUGCAGUAUCAGUGUUGCUAUCUGUCGCUUGGAUCGGAUAUGAGUUGUAUUUCAAUGCAAGUGAUCCAUUGAGCAAACUGUGGCGAAGAGCCUGGAUCAUCUCAGCAUUCUGGGUUUUGCUUGCAUACUUACUAUUGGUAGUAAUAUGUGAUCUUUGGGCUCCAUCUCAUAAUCCUACAGGAUAUGCAUACUCCGAAGAGACUGUGGAUGGUUUUGAUGAGGAGGCUAUCUCGCUCACUAGUGGAACCUGAGUCAAGGUGGCCGGCAUUGAUUUGGCAGGCAAGCUAGAAAGAAAGGAAGGGAAGCUAUCAAGUUCAGCAGAUCACCAUGUGUUUAUUGGAGAAGAUGAGGAGGACAAGAGAGAGUAGAGACCCUCUUCUUUUCUAACUUCAUUACAUUUGAGUCUCCUCUCAGGACAUGUCAAGGAUCACUUCUAGGAAUUUGUCACUAUAGUUGUCA